UCUCUGCACUCAGGGCCUCCGUCUCCUCUCUUCCAGAUUCCCAUGGGCCAAAUGGUACCCCCAAGGAGCAUCCAGAAUGAAGACUUCUGGAAGAACCCGUGGGAUGUGGGGGGCCUGACAGUGAUUGGUUUGUUCACCUCCACGUUCCUGCUCUUCAUCUUAUUUGCUGUUGUGUUUGGAUAUGUGGAAAAGGCUGUGUAUGAAGAGGAGUGACCCGUCUCCUCAGGGGCCUAGAAGGCAGCAGAGAGAGAGGGGCUGACCUGCUCACCCCCAACCAGCAGUGAGCUUCCAGUCCCUCUGGCUCAAGAAAGAAUCUUUGGGAAUCACUGGACCUUGCCUAGGGGUUGGCCAGUUAGCCAAGUGGGAAGGCAGGUAUGGUACCAUUUCUGGCUCUCUCACCCUGCACCAGCUGAACACUAAGCACAUGGAGAACUCUGCUCUGCCUCAGAUGAGAGAGAGCAGCAGUGGCUAACCAGAUCUUCUGAUGAGGGUCCCUGCCCAAGCAACUAUUUUCAAGUCCUUGACAGAGAAGGACACGAAAUGUCAAAUGAAAUAAAAAUUCCUUCUCAGA